GGAGGGGAGAGGAGAGGCCAGGGGGAGGAGUAGGCAGUGAUUGAUUCACACACUGUGAGAGCUGGUGUUCUAUUUAAUGGGGGGGUCUUCCUGCACAAGAGGAGUCAGCUCUGUCUCCGGGACCAGCCACAGCAUGGCAGAGGACCUGGGGCUGGGCUUUGGGGAGACAGCCAGCGUGGAAAUGCUGCCCGAGGAUGACAGCUGCAGGCCCAAGGCCAGAGCUAGGCUGGCAGCCAGGGCCAGCAGCUCCGGCUGGGCUCUCACCUGUUGCCUGGUGUCACUCCCCAUCCUGGCAGGACUCACCGCCUACCUGCUUGUUGGCCAGCUCAGAACCCAAGGAGAGGCCUGUGUGUUCCAGACUCCAAAAGCACAGGAAUCUGGACCUUCACAUCAGCGAGCUUAUGCACCUCCCAGAGCUGGUGGAGAUAAGCCAAGGGCACACCUGACAGUUGUGAGACAAAUGUCCACACAGCCCUUGAAUAAUCAGUUCCCAGUUCUGGACUGGGAACAUGAACUUGGCUUGGCCUUCACCAAGAACCGGAUGAACUACACCAAUAAAUUCCUGGUGAUCCCAGAGUCAGGAGACUAUUUUGUUUACUCCCAGAUCACAUUCCGAGGUUUCACAUCCAAAUGUGGUGAAAGCAGCAAAGGGAGCCGAGCAAACAAGCCAAACAUCAUCAUUGUGGUCAUCACGAAGGUAACAGAGAACUACCCCGAACCCACUCAGCUCCUAAUGGGGACCAAGACAGUGUGUGAAAUAGGUAGCAACUGGUUCCAACCCAUUUAUCUAGGAGCCAUGUUCUCCUUGCAAGAAGGGGACAAGCUGAUGGUGAACGUCAGUGACAUCUCUUUGGUGGACUACACAAAAGAAGAUAAAACCUUCUUUGGAGCCUUCUUGCUAUAGGGGUAAGGCAGAUGUCACUGUGUAAAGGUCCUCUCCUCCUAGUUCCUAAUUUUCUUCAUUCAUAUGUAAUUAUAACCAGGGGCUUUCUUGAAGCGUUCCACAGAGACAAUGGUUUAGCUAUGAAAUGUAGGGCCCAAAAGCCCACACUUUAUAUGCCUUACUGAUGAGAAUACAAAAAUUGGAAAAAGCGAGAAAAAAGGCAGACAUAUUACCAUGGUUGCCUAGAAGAUUGGUGAAUUUCUGAACAUUAGUACACUCAUUACCAAAUGAAUGGAUGAUUCACUCAGAACAUUUCUACAGCUUCCUACUACACAGUUGUCACCAGUGGGCUCAGUUGCUGUUCAGUUUGAUUAUGAAGCAUUCACUUCAGUUCAAGAGCCUUGAAUAAAAUCCAAAGACCUAGAAAACAGUGUAAACCUUUCAGAGAAGAAAUCCUUAAUCAGUUUCCCCAAAUACAUAGUUUCAUAGAAAGAAAGAAAAGAAAGAAAGAAGAAAGAAACUGCUAUUUUUCAUGACUGUUCUCAAAAAAAGAAAUUGAUUUUCAUGAUACUAUCUAUGGCAAAUAAGAGAAACUACUACCUUUCCCAUUAUUUUGUACACAGGCAUCAAAAUAAGCAAGUAUGAGUUCCACAUGCAUAUCAAAAAUACAACAAUAGCAUUUAUUCACCACAGUUUUCUUGAGCACCUGUUAUGUUCUGGGCAUUAUCUUUACCCAGAAGACACUAUGAACAAGUCAGAUUCUACUAAAAACUUAUAUGAAUGUCACUAGAUGGCUCCUGGUCAAAUGUGUCCCAACAUGCACCAAGGACUAACUCCAAACCUAAAAAACAUAUCAUCUGACAGCAAGAUUUCUGGGGCGCUCCUGACUAUGUAAGCUGUCCAGCUGAUUAGGUAACUCAAGAAACUUGAAGACAGAUUUCUAGCUAAUUAUACCAACUGUACAACAAACCUGAUUGGUGUCAGGAGACAAUGGACUUAUUCUCUUGGGGGGGAAGGGUCAAUCUCCAAAUCUGGAAAAGUUAACCCAGAUCCGCUUUGAAUUUUGAUUCACAACCUCAGAGUGUUAUGUGGGUAUUUUUCUCUUAAAAUAGUCUAAGGGAUUUAAAUAUGCAAUUAGCUAAUCAGCUUAGCUAAGACUUCUUCCCUGGAGGAGAGGCUGGACAUUGAGGCUUGUCUGUAAAGCAAGAAUCCACCAACUUGCUUCCCAGUAUCAAAUGAGUCCAUGGGGAUGAAACUUGUUAACUUUGAGCUUUCUGUGAAGUAGGAGAGCAUGUCAGUGUCAUGUGGGAGCAUGGCAGUGUGACAUGGCACUUCAGACUCUAUUAUAAAUGCUCCCUAUGGAGGAGAUCUCACAAUGGGUCUGGAAGCAAACCUGGCACCAAAAUCAACUCUUCCCUUUGUUGCCAGGAGACUACAGAGGACAGAGGGGUGUGACGGGGCUCCUGAGCACAAUGAUUGGUGCAGCAGUACUUGACCAAUAUUUGUUGAGUUAUAAUUAAACAAAAAUUCCAUUUCUCAGUUGGGAGGUUAAGGCUCCAAAGCCUUCAGCUUCUCAAAACAAUGAGCACAGGGCUCAGUAGGAGCACGGACAAGGGAGUGGUCACCUCCACCUGGUUCAGAAGCAUCUUCAUGAAGGAAGUGAGUUCUGAAAGAAGGUGGGCGGACGACAGAUGGCCUCGGAGAAAGGGCAUCUCAGAUGGAGGAAUUACCCUUUCCUUAAAGCAGAACGGAGAGGUUUCUCAGUAACUAUAAAGCCAGCUUGAUUAGUGAAUGUUUCCUCAAUCGACUCCUGGUACAACAUUUAUGGGUGGAUCACGAAUGUUUCAUCAAUGACUCUCACUGGCUCCACGAUCAGAACUAAUACCCCAUUAAGAAAAUAAAAUGCUCCGUCUGCAUCUGCAUUAGAGCACCAAGUGACCUGGGGAAUGGGCAAGAAUUUGCAUGAAGGAGGCCAGGGUGGCCUACUCCUCUUCUCCACUAGAAAGGCCCCUGUGCCCAGGGUCUUCAAACCCGCCCACUGUUCCAUUGGGCAGCUGGUGGAUUUGGAAGUUUAUUCAAGAAAUUGGAAUUUCCUACUAUCCUAAAAGACUUGAAGCUUUGGAAAGAUCCUACCACAUAUUUAUUUUGCUCCCAUCCUAAGCCCAUUUAUUGAAGAAUGUAUUGUGCUCAAGUUUUCAUGAUUGAAUUUAUUAAAUGUCCUAUGAUACAGCUUUUACUGGUCAGAAAGGCUCAGUCAAACAUUCCUAGUAGGACUCGAGUCCUAGGCAUUAUUUCCAUGGCAAAUAUUUGUGCCCUUGUUUUUAAAAUCAAGUGGGAGAUGCUUUUUAAGACCAUGUGAUAUUCCCCUAAAAAGGAGUACAGGGAGUGCAUUCGAAGGGCCAGAAUGUUCCGAAAGAAUAUGCGUACAUGCUUCAGAAAAUGGUUAAUUUAGAGGGAAAGUGCUUUGCUGGUUCAGUGUCUCGCAAAAGGCUGACUUCAAAUCAAUUCCACAAACAUAUACUGAGUACCCACUCAUCCUGGAGACACAAAGAUUAAUUAUUUUAGUCUCCGAUGUGUUCAUUCUAACUGCUUAGUACUUCCAUUGUCUGUAGAUCUGUUAAUUUAUUUUGGUUGUAUUAGCUAAUUAAUUAGCUAACUUUAGGCACAUGGAUAUUUUCUCAUUAUGAAAAUGGGUGCCAUUUAGUGAAGGAUGAUCAUUAACAACAUGAUUUGUGUAUACAAUAAGUGAUUUUUUAAAUAGCUACCCAAGGACAGAUUUCCAUAAAUAAAAGGGGAGAAGACAAAGUUACUGUUUUCUAUAGUGGCAUCCAUUAUCAAAGCCAAAUGUGGAGAGAGGUUAUUAUCAAGUUUGGCCAGCAACAUUCUUGAAAAUACUAGAACUUUAUGGAUGACCCAGAGGUGCAUGUGUCCCUCAGCAAAUCCAGGAGUCAUGAUCAAAAUGCAUGGGGUCACCAGCAUUAGGACCCUAGCAUGGUUUAGCUCAGGGGUCCUCAAAGUUUUUAAACAGGGGGCCAGUUCACUGUCCCUCAGACCGUUGGAGGGCUGGACUAUAGUUUUAAAAAAACUAUGAACAAAUUCCUAUGCACACUGCACAUAUCGUAUUUUGAAGUAAAAAAACAAAACGGGAACAAAUACAAUAUUUGUAUUUGCAUGUGGCCCGCGGGCCGUAGUUUGAGGACCCCUGGUUUAGAUCUAUGUGAGAGAACAGAAUUGUUUAAGGUACUAAAAUUUCUGACUCUUAACUAGGCUACAGAAUAUGAAAAGAUGCACCUUUCACAUCCUGAAAAGUGUCUGGUUCAGUUCAGUAACAGGCAUGCCAAAGCCCUUGGCUCCAUUUCAAUUAAAGCUACAUCACCCCCAGAGGAAAUUCCACUUCUGUGCUUGUCAAUAACUCCGCUGGGUUAUAAAAGUUCAACCAGCUCCCUGUGCACAAAGUUCCCUUGCGAGGUAUUUCCCAAGUCCUUUCCCAGUUGUGUUUCCAUGAUUGUGACACUGGGGAUUAAUUCUUCAGGACAGAGUAGUUUAUACGCCACACCUUGCAAAACACAUGCAGAACCCUCUUGUUCUAAGAUUUCUUGCUCUCUUAGGACCCAGAGUCCUGGAAGUGUUUUGCCAUUUUUAGCAGAAUGUUUAUUUAAGUGUGUAUCACUAGCCUGGAUAUUAACAGCUAUUACAUCACAUUGGCAGCUGGGCCUGAGGAGAAAGCAGUGGACUGUUAACCCCCGAGUCCUUUUGCUCCAGUGGUGACAGAGUAUGGGGCAGAGCAGUCACAUCUGUGCCCUGCCCCACUCCGACAACCAUAGUUACAACUUCCCAAGCUCUGAGACACAUUUGCCCCCAACUCCUUACAUCACUCCACUUUAAGAAGAAAAGACCAUACCAGCCAAGACUGAAGUUACUUGUCAGGCCACACAAGGAGUUAAUGGCAGAUCUAGAGCUAGAAUACCAUCUUCGUGAAUCUGAGUCAGAAGACUAGGCACAUCCAAUUACCAUCUGCUCUUAGCAAAUAAAAUAGCAUUCAUUCUAAUGACAGGCAGAGAAACUGGAAGGAGAUAAUGGGAUGAUGUAGAAGGAAAGAGGAGACUACUUCUACGUGUUUCUGGAGGAAGGCGUUGGGGCGACUGAGUUGCAGUUACAGGGUCUCCAUUUAUGGCUUGAUAACCAAAGAAAUUUUCUAUCCCAAACCAGAAUAUCCCCAGAUACUAGUAGUGACUUCUCAGUCCCUGGAGAUAUUCAAGCAAAGGGCUUAGCUCAAGGGUUUUAUAGAAGCCAUUUCAUUGAGGGAGGAGGAGGGAUUGAACCAAAUGUUAUCUGGGAUGUUUUCCCCAAAAUCUAUGACUAUGCCAUUGUUUAACUUCUGUGUGUUCUAUUUGCUCAUUAAGAACCUGGGAGGCCUUGUGGAGUUCAGUGGCUUCCAGCCUGGAAGUAGGUGCCAUUUCCCACUCGUUUGGAGAGUAUCCAACACAAAGUAACUCUGAGAUCUUGGCCAAUAGAGAUUGUCAUGGAGUUUUAGAACUGAUGCAAUCAUUAGAGUUUAUCUGCUCUAAAUUACAUCAUUUUAAGGAUGUCUUCGGGCUCAGAAAGAUGCUACAAACAGCCCAAUGCCAGACAGUAGCUAGUAGCAGUGUUGAGACUAGAAUCCAUACCUCCUAACUGCCAGCCCAGCAGUCUUUCCAUUUCAUACAUGAAUCAGUUCUUUUUUUUUUAUCAUUCACAUAGUAGCACUUACAAAGAGGCUAGAGAGACAAGACAAGAGAAAACACGACAGGCAAGUACCACUCUCAUGGUGCAUAAAUUCAGGAGGAAGGAGACACACAGUUUUGAGUAAAUAAAGUAGCUGAACGUAAUCAAAUGAUUUUAUUCUUAAAGUCAUUCCAAUGUGUAACUUUCCCCUCUUUUGUUUCAGGGGUGUAGAGAUUAAACAAAUGUACAUGUUUGUGUGGUUUUAGUGAUAAGCCCCAUGUGCUUUCAUUGAUUUUAUGUUUUAUGUUAAAACGUCACACUCUCAAAGUAAACUGCAUAUUGUAUGUCAUUGGAUACGUACUUCACUGGUAUACAGCCCAUGUCUUCAGACACUACUGUGUCUAUUCCAAUCUCUGUGAAUGAAAUGUAUGUAUUGAUGUAUUUAAUAGCUGUAACUUAAUAA